AUGUCCUACACUGCCCCAUCUGACCCGGUGAACAAGAAACCUGUCAAAGUUGCGCAACUAUGCGAUCUGUGCCACUGCCGGAAGGCUGUGCUGAAGAGGCCCAAGAACUUGCAGAAACUGUGCAAGGAAUGUUUCUUCGAUGUGUUUGAGACGGAGAUCCACAACACUAUUGUCGAUAACAAACUGUUUCACAGGGGGGAGAAGAUAGCCGUCGGGGCUUCCGGUGGUAAAGAUUCGACUGUUCUGGCGCACAUGAUGAAAUUCUUGAACGACAAGUACGACUACGGCAUACAAAUAUACUUGCUGAGCAUCGACGAGGGGAUUGUCGGGUACCGUGACGACUCGCUUGCUACUGUACAGCGGAACCAGAAGCAGUACGGUUUGCCCCUCGAGAUCUUCUCCUUCAAGGACCUGUACGGGUGGACAAUGGACGAGAUAGUGUCCGUCGCAGGGAUUCGAAACAGUUGCACGUACUGUGGUGUACUGCGGCGACAGUCGCUAGACCGUGGAGCACAGAAGCUGGGGAUCCAACAUGUGGUCACGGGCCACAACGCAGACGACAUGGCCGAGACCGUGCUGAUGAACAUCCUGCGUGGGGACGUCGCUCGGCUGGAGAAGUCGACCUCGAUUCUGACUAGCAGCAAGGGCUCGCCGAUCAAGCGAUCCAAGCCGUUCAAGUACUGCUACCAGAAGGAGAUCGUGCUGUACGCACACUACAGGAAGCUGGACUACUUUUCGACGGAGUGCACAUAUGCGCCGGAGGCCUUCCGGGGCACCGCAAGAGAGUUGAUGAAGAACCUCGAGGUCGUCCGCCCAAGCUGCAUCAUUGAUAUCAUCCACAGCGGGGAAAACCUGUUCCUGAAACCCGCUGCUGGUGGUCGCCGCCAGGGCCGCCGCCGCGGCCCUGGCACAACCAGUGCAAACACCACCUCUACAACUACUAGUACGGGCCCUGUCGACGGCAGCCGUUGCGAGCGAUGCAAUUACCUGUCGCGCAACCGGAUCUGCAAAGCGUGCAUGCUGCUGGAGGACCUGGACAAGAACCGCGCGGCCGUCACAAUUGAGACAGACACGUCCCACGACGGUGCCGCCAAGACACUCCGGUCCCUCGAGCGCCUGGCCUUCUAG